AUGGCCCCAACAAAUCUGCUCGCUGGCAAGACCGCCAUUAUCACGGGUGGCACUACUGGCAUCGGGAAGGCCAUCGCUUUGGAAUAUAUAAAGCAGGGUGCCAACGUUGUCGUGAAUCAUUUGGGUCUUGAAAAGGACCAACCCCACCUUGAUGCCCUCGUUGCCGACGCCACUGCUGCGAAGCAAGAGAACCCCAACGCGGGCCGCCUGGCCGAUCUGGUUGGCGAUGUUCGCGAGCCCGAGACAGCAGUGAAGCUGGUUGCGCGUGCCGUCGAGCAUUCCGGCAACGCUCGCCUAGACAUUUGUGUCUCCAAUGCUGGCAUCUGCACAUUCGCCGAGUUUCUCGAGCUGACCCCCGACCUGUUCACUAGGACGGUCCGUACCAACCUCGAUGGCGCCUUUUAUGUUGUACAGGCAGCCGCUCGACAGAUGAGCCAGCAAUCACCUGCUGGCGGUAGCAUCAUUGGUAUCUCGUCCAUUUCCGCUCUGGUUGGUGGUGGCCGGCAGGCCCAUUACACGCCUACCAAGGCUGGUAUCCUGAGUCUGAUGCAGAGCACCGCUGUCGCCUUGGGUAAAUACAAAAUUCGCUGCAACGCCCUGCUUCCCGGUACAAUCAAGACUCAGCUCAACGAGGAGGACCUUGCGGAUGAUGCCAAGCGGGCUUACACCGAGGGCCGCAUUCCCCUAGGCCGCACCGGCGUGCCAUCCGACCUCGCCGGGCCUGCCGUUUUCCUAGCCUGCGAAUACCUCAGUGGUUAUGUGACAGGCGCGCAGUUGCUGGUCGACGGCGGCCUCUUUGUCAAUCUUCAAUAA